UUCCCGGCCAGCGGGCAGGCUGCGGCGGGCAUGGCAGAGGCACAGCCGGGGCCGACGGGGCUGCAGCUCAGCGCGCUGCCCGACGACUCGCCGCUGCUGCAGCCCAGCCUGGCCGAGCUGCGGCGCCGGGCCGAGAAGGCCGAGCUGGGGCCCGGGCCGGGGCCGCUGCAGCUCACCGACUCCUUCCUGCUGCGGUUCCUGCGCGCCCGGGACUUCGACUUGGACCUGGCCUGGCGGUUGCUAAAAAACUAUUUUAAGUGGAGAUCUGAAUGUCCAGAAAUAAGUGCAGAUCUACACCCUAGAAGUAUUCUUGGUCUUCUAAAGGCAGGUUACCUUGGAGUCCUGAGAGCCAGAGAUCCAACUGGAAGCAAAGUUCUUAUUUACAGAAUUGCAUACUGGGAUCCAAAGGUUUUCACAGCUUAUGAUGUAUUUCGUGUAAGCCUAAUUACAUCCGAGCUUAUUGUACAGGAAAUUGAAACACAACGAAAUGGUAUCAAGGCUGUCUUUGACUUGGAAGGUUGGCAAUUUUCUCAUGCUCUUCAAAUUAGCCCAUCUGUAGCCAAGAAGAUUGCUGCUGUUCUUACAGAUUCCUUCCCAUUAAAAGUUCGUGGUAUUCAUUUGAUAAAUGAGCCUGUGAUUUUCCAUGCUGUCUUUUCAAUGAUCAAACCAUUCCUAACUGAAAAAAUUAAGGACCGGAUUCAUAUGCAUGGAAACAAUUACAAAGAGAGUUUACUCCAGCAUUUCCCAGAUAUUCUUCCUCUGGAAUAUGGUGGUGAAGAGUUUUCCAUGGAGGACAUUUGUCAGGAGUGGACAAAUUUUAUAAUGAAGUCUGAAAAUUAUCUCAGCAGUAUUUCCCAGGCUAUUCAAUGAGAUUCUAUUUAAUGUGAUUGGCUUUCUAAUUUAAAAUAUAUGAGUGAGAUCCAAUCUGGCUACAUGAAUGAUACAAAAAGAAUCUUUUAAGUUAAUUAAUCAAGGGCUAUAAGAUUGAUGUUUAAAAAGGUAAACAUCUGCACAGCAGAGAUGGCUUAAGAGUUUCACACUUGGAAGGCAGAAAGAUGGCAAUCUGCGGUUCAAUUCCUGUGGCAGUACCUGGUCUGGGAGAACCACCUGGAGGACUGGAGCACAGAGUCCACCCUGGUAUACAAGCACUGCUGAGUGUGGACCCCCCAAUGCCCCUCCCCCACAAAGAAAUCAAAAUGCAAAAAUCUUAUGGAAUGAGGAAUCUGGGUAUUGGGGGAUACAACGUUUAAAAGGUAUUUUCUUUGACUUUGAAGUAACUAAAUGUUGGUGCAUUUAUUUUAAAAGAUGAGUUAGUGCACCGUAGAAAAGAUUCCUGACAUUGGCACUUGAAAGUUAUUUCAAAAGAAGCUUACUCAUCUGUUUUAUGUUUUUUAAAGUUUCAUUUUAAACAAGUUCUUGAUUAUAUUGGCUUAGCAAUCAACUUAUAAACAGUCUACUGAAAAGAAAUAUUAGCACAGUCAACUGAUGGUACAAAUCUGUUAACACUCAUUUUGGGUGAGAUCAUAUUAGAUUAUUAUUUUGAUGAAAACCUCAAUAUAGUCUUACAGACUACUUCUAUGUGUCAGGAAGGUAGUUAAUCUCAGGGGAAUUCUUUUAGCACACUUGUAUAAUAGAAGUUUUGAUGGAAAAAUCUAUGUCAUAAGCUAAAGUAUUAGAACAUUUGGGUCUCUGAAUUAUUUGUGGUGAUACAAUAUAUAAUCAAAAAUAAUUUAGACAGAAUUUCAGGUAAAUUGAUGGCCUCAAUACUUUUUGCACUUUCAAAUAAAUAAAAUAUAUCAUUUUGAAUUCUGUUCUUGUUUACUUUUAUAUAAACUACAUAGAGAUGUAGAGAUGAAAUAUUAUUUGGUUGUCAUAAAUAUAGACACAAAAAUUAAACAAUAAUACAACUACACAGGAAAGGGAAAUGCCUAAAUUUUUAAAAUAGUUUAAAAACUCAAUUAUGUCUGGAGCCUUAGAUUUGUGCAUGUCAAAAUAUUUAAGAAAAGGCUACAAUUCAUAUUCCAUUUUGAGAUAAGUAGUUAGAAGGGGCUGGAAAGAGAAUCCAGUGGGUAGUAUGUUUGUCUUGCACAUGGCUGACACUAGCUUAAUCCCCAACCUUGAAUGUGAUUCUCCAAAUACCACCAGAAGUGAACCCUGAACACAGACACAGAGCCAGGAGUAACCUUAACUACAGCUGCCCAUGGGCCCCAGUCCCCACAAAUACACCUUUUAAAAAUAAAGCAGUUUAAAAUCUCUGUUUGGGGCUGGAGCAACAGCACAGCGAGUAGGGAGUUUGUCUUGCACGUGGCCGACCCAGGUUCAAUUCCCAGCAUCCCAUAUGGUCCCCCGAGUACCGCCAGGAGUAAUUCCUGAGUGAAUGACCCUGGAAUAACUCCUGUGCAUUGCCGGGUGUGACCAAAAAAGAAAAAAAAUUCUGUUUGUGAGUAAUUUUUGUCAAAGAAUAUUUCAUUUGUUGAGGAUGAAAUAAAUCGGUCAGUAAAUCUUCAAAUUUUUCUUAUUAUUAUUUUGCAAUUUGAGCCUUUUCUUUCUUUCAUGCUAAGGAUCAAACCCAAAGCCUCUUGGGUAUGAAGAAUGUAUUGUACUUCUGAGGCAUGUCCCCAGCCCUAGUAUGCUAUAUAUUUAAAAAUUUUAUUUUAAACUUAAAAUUCAAAGAACACAGGGUAAAAAUUUUGUUAAGUAUUUGUUCAGCAGAGAUAGAUUUCAAUGUUAUUGUACAAUGAUAUUUUUUAAAAGGUUAUAUGAAGAGUGUUUUCUUUAUAAGAAAAUUAUUCUAAUAAGAUGAACUAAUUGGUAUUUAUGAUUCUUUUUAAUGUAUAACUAUGAUAAAUUGAGAGUAAUGGAAUAUUCUUAGAAUGCUGAUUUUAACUUUCGGAAACUGACUACAACUGGAAACUUCUUUCAUGCUGUUUAUAAUAUAUAUUAAGAACUUCUUUACAAUACUGUAGCACUGUAGCACUGUCCUCUGGUUGUUCAUCGAUUUGCUCUAGCGGGCACCAGUAAUGUCUCCAUUGUGAGACUUGUUUAUGGCAUAUUGAAUACGCCAUGGGGAGCUUCCCAGGCUCUGCUGUGCAGAUGGGAUACUCUCGGUAGCUUGCCAGGCUUUCUGAGAGGAACUGAACCCGGGUUGGCCUAUACUAUACAACUUAAAAUUGUAUGUUAAAGAGGGUAGAAGAGAGAGAGAGAGUUCCAUGGGUAACGCCCUUGCCUUGCAAGUGACUGACCCAGGUUCAAUUUCCUGGAGUCAGUAUGGUUCCCUAAGCCCACCAAUAAUGAGUUCUGAGCACAGAGCCAGAAGUAAGCCCUGAGCACAGCCAGGUGUGCCCCAACACCACCCAAAAAAACUCAAGCAAACAAAAUAAAAUUGCACAUUCUAAAUAACAGGUGGGGCCUGAGCACCAUUGUACAAUGGGUAGGACAUUUGCCUUUUAUGCGGUCGACCCAUCACUGGCACCACCCUUAUGGUUCCCCAUGCCUGCCAGUAGUGAUCCCUGAGUCCAAAGACAGCUUUGAGUUCUGUUGGGUGUGGCCCCAAACCAAUUAAAAAAAAUUCCUCUAUUUCCUAAAAAAAGAAAAUAACAAUGAUGUGGUUGGGGGGGGUGUAGGUUGAAAAGAUUCAGUGGAUUGUGCUGGAGGGAAAUUGACACUCCAGUGGUGGAUAAAGUAUGGUAAUAUUGUGACCCUAUGACACAAAAAAUUUUAUACUGUUGUAAACCCAUGCUACCACAAUAAAAAUUUAAAAUAUAACAGUACGGAAUACAUUAAUGAAAAAAUUAGUAGCAAUAACAAAAAGCAUUGGUUUACCCAACUUUUUUUCUUUAGAAGAAAGUUCUACUUCACUUACAUUUUAGUACUUCAAAAUACUUUAUGUCUAAAGGAAUUUUGGUACAUGAAAUUAUUUUAAGAUGUCUUUUAAGUGUGAUUCACUAUUCAUGCUGCUAAUACUAAAUAUAAUUAAAAUAAACAAAUAAAAAUACAUUCUUGAUUAGGACUGAAAAUUUUCUGAAAUACAUUUAAAGACCAAUGUGAAAGGGGUAGGCAAAAUAAAUAACUGUAAAGCUGUUUAUUACCUUACUGUAAUGGAACAAAAAAAUGCCUUUAAAAAUCUAGUUUGAUCGUGUAACUCAUUGUGAUAAUGAACUGUCUGAUCAUUUGUUUAAUAUUUUUAAAAAGGAAAUAAAAGUCUUUCACAUAAA